UACCCAGAUGCAAAGCAGUCAAAAGAAUAUGGACGCCCAAGAGAUCACAGUGAACAUCAAUGGUUUCAAAUUCAAACUAAAGAGAGCGGUGAUUACCAAACUACCAAAUCUGAAAGUCACGUCUUCACAGACAGAGUACUUCUUUGAGAGACCAAACCAAUGUUUUGAGGCCAUUUACAACUACUGCUUGGUAGGGAAACUUCAUAUUCCCCUCACUGUCUGCACUGGGGAGUUCCUCGAGGAGUUAGAAUUCUGGGGGAUCGAAGCAACGGAGCUAGAAAAGUGUUGCCAUCACCGGUACGUAUUAUUCAUGCGCGAGCAGGAGAAUUUGAGAGGAUUUCUCCGAUGCACUGCUGAAGAAGAAGUUCGUCAAGAUGAAGACGAAAAAUCUACAAACAGCCCUCUCAAAAACAGACUUUGGAAGAUUCUUGACAAUCGAGAUAGUACCAAAGAAACGAAGACGUACUUCGUUCUAUCAACUACGAUUAUCCUACUCGCCAUCUUUGGGGUGGCAUUCAGUACUGUGACCGUUACUUCCGUCAGUGACCAAGUGGACAACCUCGGUGGCCAUGGGACAACUCGGACCGUAGAAUUAACAACGGCAAUGCACAAUGGCAAAUCAGAAACAACGGGGACGCAAGCUACAACUGAUAGCGAGUGGAUGAAGGAGUCGGAAACGAACGCUUCACAUCAAUAUGCAGAAGGAGAGAAAAUGUUUUCUAAUAUAGCGCGUGACAAAGUUCUUACAAUAGAGAACACCGAUUCUAAAACUCGUUGGUUCCUUUACAUUGAGCACUUCACAAAUGUGUUCUUUUCUAUUGAAUUAAUCAUUCGUCUGGUCUGUUGUCCCUCUCUAUCGCGUUAUUUCCGUGGAUGUCUAAACUUGCUGGACAUUGUCGUCCUGGUUGCGAGCUACGGACGAUACAUUGUUCUCGCGGCUGACAUGACCGAAUCCACCAUUAAUGCUGACCCGCUGCUGUAUCUCCAAAUGCUACGUGUCCUUCGACUGCUCCGAAUCAUUGAAAACGUCCCAGCCUUCAAGAUCCUCUGCUACACUGUUCAACUCGGUCGGAAGGAUCUCAUGACAAUGGUAUUGUUUCUUUUUAUAGGAAUGCUGCUGUUCUCGAAUUUCCUCUACUUUGUAGAGAGUAAUGACGAUUUCCAGAGCAUUCCUGACGCUUGGUGGUUCAGUAUCAUCACUAUGACAACGGUGGGGUUCGGCGACAUGGUUCCCAGAACUGCCCUUGGGCGCAUCAUUGGUACCCUAUGUGCGUUAUCGGGAGUUUUAUUCAUAUCCCUUACCAUUCCCAUCUUCGUCAACACGUUCCAAUCUCUGUACUUGUAUGCCUGUUUCAGAAGUAACCGAUUUGAAAAGCAGAAGUAAAGAAAUACAGAUAAUUCACAACAUUUAGAGUAGUCAAUGUUUGUGUUGUGUAAACAUUUUAUUUCCUUGCACCUUCGUGGGUUCUUUGUUCUUGUUCGGAAUGAUAGAUUAGUUGAGGAAAGCUGUCCACGGAGCUUGCGUCACCAUCUCGUUGAAGCUAUCCAUCGCGUGGUAAUAAUAAAUUCCUCAGUCGAACUGCACCUUUGCAUGUAGAAUGCAACCAAAGAUAAUGUAUUAAAGUAUCAUUUAUUACCAGCAAUCAACAGUGUAAGAAUUAUAGGUCACCACAGUGGAAGAUAUGUGGACUUAUAGGAGGUCUGUGAACUUGUGGGAAGUCUUUGGACUUGUCGGAGACCUUUGGACUAGAUGGAGGCCCGUGGACUAGUCUGAGGCUCGUGGACAUGUUGGAGGACUUUGGACUUGUCGGAGGCCUUUGUACUAAUAAGGGGGCCCGUGGACUAGUCGGAGGCCCGUGGACUCCUCUGAGAUUGUCCUAUGUGGGGCUGUCUAAACUUAUUUUCCACAUUUCAACCUUUGUACGAAAAACAUCGCUGGACUAGUUAUCUUUAAAAACGUAGAAAAAAAAAGAAUUGAAUUCUUUAUUUCAUUGUAUAUGUAGAAACCUACAUUAAG